AUGGCGGCCGGAGUAAGCGAGUUCCUCUUCACUUUCUCUCUGAACCUGUACAAGCAGCUACACGCCGAUCACGGAGCCAGAGGAAACAUCCUCUGCUCGCCGUUCGGAGUGGCGGCCGUGUUAUCCAUGACCCUGGCCGGGGCCCGGAACAACACGGAAAAGCAGAUCCUCAACGUGCUUCAGGCAAACAACGGAAGCGACAGGACAGUCCACGAACAGUUCGAAGCUAUCCUCGAUCGCCUGGAGACCCUAGCUCCGGAUGUGUCCCUCUUCAUCGCCAACCGCAUCUACGCCUCGCACGAGUUCGCGCCGCUGCCAGGGUACGCGAGUCUUCUGCAGAAGCACUACCACAGCUCCCUGGAGACCGUCGACUUCCAGAAGAAUCCGGAUGGCGUUCGGCGCAAGAUGAACUCUUGGGUCGAGGUGAAGACCGGGUCCAGAAUAAAGGACUUCUUCCCGCCUGGUACACCGAGCCCUGGGACACGCUUGGUGGCCCUUAAUGCUGUCUUCUUCAAGGGCCUGUGGGAGUCGCAGUUCAGCGCCGAGUUCACGUCCAGGGAAGAGUUCCACGGGACCGACGGGACCGCUAAGAUGGUGGACAUGAUGAGUCAGCGAGGGAAGUUCAGGAUGGCCCACAGCAGGGAGCUCGGAGCAACCGCCCUCGAGAUUCUUUACAAAGGUGCGAGGGUGUUCAUGGUCGUUCUGUUGCCGGACGCGAGGGACGGUCUUCCGGCGUUCGAGAGAAAGGUGACGCCGUCGAAGCUGUCCACUUUGCUCGAUGGCAUGACGGAAGUCACCAAGUUGCACUCCUCUGUGUUUGUCUCCACUGCGAUGCAACCGAUCGCUGCCGUUCCUCAGGUGCGGCUCAGGCUCCCCAAAUUUAAGCUGAGCCAAACGGUGGACCUCAGGUCCGCGCUCACGUCGAUGGGGGCCGCCGAUCUGUUCACGGAAGACGCCGACCUGUCCGGAGUGAGCGCCUCUGAAGGCCUCACGCUGUCCAGUGCCGUCCACAAGGCCGUCCUGGAGGUCAACGAAGAAGGCACCGAAGCCGCGGCAGCUUCGGGGGUCGUGAUGACUCGGCGUGCCAUCGAAGGCAUCGACUUCACCGUAGACCAUCCAUUCUUCUUUGUGCUGCGGACUCGAGACCCGGACGUGGUCCUCUUCGCGGGCAGCGUUCGCGAGUUGUGACCAUCG